CUCUUCGGUUUGAGCGCACACAUUUCGGAAGUUCCCUCUCGAAGGGAUGUGUGAAGUUUGAGUAUCGAGAAGUUCCGACGGACGUAUCCAGCUCAUGGAGGUGUGGCGCCACGAAACACUCGAUGCCCUGCUGAGAAGAAAUCAAACGGAGAGGAAGGUGUUCGAGGAGAUUAUCCUGACAAACGCGCGUUACCAGGACCAGGUAGAAUACCUCCGUCAGGAGAACACCCAGCUCACAGUCCAGAACGAGAAGUUACGGCAGGAAAAUGCAGAUCUCCGGUCGAACAGCGUUUCGGGGAGCGAUUCAACCACGAAUGAGCUCCAGAAGAAGCUUUUCGGACUCCAAGAAGAGAUCACGAACCUCCUCAGGAAAAAAGGGGAACACGCGCAGCAGAUCAUCGAUCUCCGGAAUACCCUGGAGCUCCGAGACAAGGCGAUACAGAUAAAAGAGAGUUUGAUUGAAGAGCAGCGCAGUAAGAUCGAGAGCCUUCAAAACGAGAAUAGCAGGAUAAAGGAAGAAAGCAGAGAGAUUAAGGAAACCUCCCAAGUUGUCCACGAUGAAUAUGCAGCUUUACACCUCACCUAUCAGAGCGUUGAGCGAGUCAAUCGUCAGCUCGAGAUUGAGAACCAGGACAUCAUUUCCAGGUACAUCGCUCUCAAAGCGGAGCGGGCCACGAAGAUGAAUGAGGAAAACGAGCAGUUUAUGCGUUUGAGACGAGAGCAAACGCAGAAGGCCCUCCAGGAAGCCGCAAGAGAAGAAGUUAUGAUCAAACUCGAAGACGGACCACCGAUGCCGUGCUACUCGAUGGUUCCUUCAAGACUGAUCUGCAAAUUCGACGCACACGACGGCGAAGUCCAAGCGGUGCAAUGGAGCUCCUCGUCGAAGGUUCUAGCCACCGGAGGAGCCGACAGGAAGGUCAAAAUCUGGGACUAUAACCAAUUCAGUGUUUCGCUGAGAUGCCAGUUGAGCGGAAGCAACAUGGGAAUCACAUCAAUCGCAAUCGACAGCGACGAUCAUCUUUUGCUCGCGGCUAGCAAUGACAUGUCUGCUCGAGUUUGGACGAUCUCAGACCAGAGAUUGAGGCACACCCUCACCGGCCAUUCGGAUCGGGUUUCGUCGGCGAAAUUCUUCAACGGGGCACAAAAUGUUGUGACGGGCUCCAGGGAUCGAACGCUGAAGCUGUGGGAUUUGAAAAAAGAUUGCUGUAUGCGGACGCUUUUCGCAGGCUCUUCGGCUACCGAUGUCAUCGCCAGCGAUAAUUCAGCGAGUAAUAUUGUGAGCAGUCACUUCGACAAAAAAAUCCGCUUCUGGGACAUGCGCAUAGAUUCAAUGCCCACGGAGAUCCUGCUCGCAAACAAAAUCACCUCCCUGGAUCUCUCAUCGGACCGCUGCUAUAUCUUGUGUUGUGUCAGGGAUGACACGCUGAAGGUGAUUGAUGUCCGAGCCAACCAAGUGAUGUCCACGUUCUGCAACGACGGCUUCCGAGUGGGUAAUGACUGGACCCGCGCAAAGUUCAGCUCUGACGGCAAUCACAUCGUCGUGGGGAGCGCAGACGGAUCUUUGUUCGUCUGGAACACUCACCAGAAUAAACUGGAGGCCAAACUCAAGGAAUUCAAUUCCGCGGUGAUCUGCACUAGCUGGAGUCCGUCAGGUGACUGCGUUGCCAGCAGCGAUCGGGAACGGAAGGUGUGUCUAUGGGGACCAUGAUUGUCCCUGACGAAUAACGGCAGCAAAUGGAAACAAGGUCUCAUUCCUGCUACGAGCUCGCCAUUCACUCAGUGUACAUACGUACAUAUAAGUAUCUACCAAGAAGCCGUUGGGCUCCUUCUGUCGAUCCUGAGAAUAUGUCUCAGAGCAUGUAGAACGCUUCGAAGUUUUCUCUGCUUCUGGGGAGCGGAUCCAUCAGUUGAGCAGCUGAUUCCUCAGAUCGUCCCACCUCUUUCUUGGGUC